AUCCAGAACGCAGGCUAGGCGGACGACGGUCGACGGACGAUGUUUAUUUCGUCCGUAGAGUUUUGAACUUCAAUCAAUUUAACAACAAUUAAUCAACCUAAAAGUAUUGAUUGUGUUUUAAAGAUGGCUGUCAUUACGUCAACUAUUUCAGUUCUGACUAGAUCAUUACACUUAGGUUCGAUUGUACGACAUUUAUCUCAAGGAGCAUGUGCCUGCAGCAACAAGCAACGUCCACCAACAGAGUCCCUGAUCCAGUGGAACAAACUCUCCGUCCCCAACAAACCCAAGAAGGAUCGCUGGGACGAGAAGCACGCCCUCUUUGGCGAGAACGACUACAAGGACAUCCUCGGGGACGGAUCCUACCUGCUGAAGAACAACGUCAAGCACGGCCCGCUGUGGCUGAGAGGCUGGAAAGGCAACGAGUUGCAGCGUUUGAUCCGGAAAAAUAAAGUGAUGGGGGACGACAUGGGGCCGACGGAGCGAUAUGCCAUGCUCAAGCGUAUGAAGUACCUGCACAAGCGCAUGAACAGAAACCAUGGACGGUGGAAGUACAUAGACAAAAAUGUGCCAAACUACCGAGACGGCAUGUGACUCAACAGACAACAAUGCUGUUCCAUAUGACUGCGUUUUUCUUGGAGUGUGCGGAUGUGAUUGAGACGUUGAACAUUUCGCGACCCAAUACCCACCUUUAACCCUAACCCCUUAGGCCCUUUUGGCUAGGAACCAUCCUCAAUCCUGCAAAAUCCUCGAUUUGCCAUUGUGUAAAAAUUGGGUUCAGCCUCAAUCCUCCAAAAUCAACCGUAAUUUCUUGAAUGUGGUCCAUGUAGGGGUGACCACUGCCUCAAUCCU